GUGAAUCUUUGCUGAUCAGUGUUCGUCCACAGCACAGAAUCUGUUCCCCAGACUCUGUGGGAAUGUGAAGAGCUCUCCAUUUUGCUGCUUCAGGGGGUUGCCCAUGUGCUCUAUAUGUAAAUGACAUCUUGAUAUUGGCAUUUCUCCAGAAAAUUUCUGCCAUGUUGAUAAUAUGCUCUCUGGAUGGAAUACACGACGGGGCUUUCUCCGAGAGGAUCCCAGCAGAAGGGAUCAUCCAGUCACAACGCAGUUAAUCAAUUUGUAUUUCCUGCGGCUGAGCAUGCAUGGGCUGAGAAGAGUGGAUCCAUUGAGCGACAGAAAAGAGCGACGAUCUGCCUUCCUGGUUCGCAUCGGAUUGACACACUACCUGCCUAGCUGUUCGGCUCUGGGCACAGAUGCAUACAUCGACCCAGCUCAAUGGAACUGAUUGGGGGCGGCGAUUUGAGAUUGAUUGGCUGAGUGAGUGAUUCUGUCGGGCUCAGCUAGUUUGCCUUUUCACCCUUACUUACAUCGUCAUAUCGACGACUCUUCUCUCUCCUCCCCUUUGACUAGCCGUCAUGUUUCUGAUGUUGAUGGUUAAGGGAAUUUAUUCAUCUCGACAGUGAACACUAUCCAAUAUGUCUCCCACCAAGCGUAACCCGGACAUGCCACCAGAUGAAGAAUCGCCUCUCCUCCAGUUCCCGGAUCCACCAGUUAAGACAAAACAAUCUGAUUACUUUAUCAUCUAUGCGACAUUCUUUGGUGUCUUCAUUGCCAGUAUUGAUGAAUCCCUCGUUCUGUCCACCUUCAGUACCAUCGCGUCGCAGUUCCAUCUCCUUUCCCAAGGUUCCUGGUUGCUCGUUGCGUAUAACUUUGGAUACUGUAUUUCGCUGCCAGUGUACGGUGCGUUGAGUGAUUCGUACGGGCGCAAAAAUGUUCUGCUCGUCUCGUAUAUCUUAUUCACACUGGGAUGUUUUGCCUGCGGUGCAAGUGCCUCCUUGGCACAGCUUGUUCUGGCCAGAGUCCUCGCUGGCCUGAGCGGUGCUGGAAUGGUGACGCUCGUUUCUAUCAUCAUCAUGGAUUUGGUCCCUCCCAGUGAAGUCGCAGUCUACCGAAGUUAUGAAAAUGUGAUCAAUGUCAUCGGCCGCAGUGUUGGAGCGCCCCUCGGUGGUUUGCUCUCGGACACUAUCGGCUGGAGAUGGUCCUUCUUGGGUCAAAUCCCCCUGAUCAUCUUCUGCACCCUCGUCGCCGUGUACGGACUGCCCGCUUCUCUCAACCACACGGAAGACAAAGAUAAACAGCCUUCAGGCAAACCUCGCCGAUCGCGUCUUCGGGAAAUCGACUUUGCCGGAAUCAUCACGCUUUCUGCUACGAUCAUUAUCUUACUCUGCGUGCUUCAAACUUUCGGAACGAAAGAAGACGAUCAGCUGGUGCCAACAUGGGGUCUGAUUGCUGCCUUUGUCGUUUCUUCCAUGAUCUUUGUCCUGACCGAAGUUUUCUACGCAACGAGACCAUUGAUCCCGAUGCAUUUAUUGAUCCGGGAGCUGGGAGCCUACUGCCUUAUGCAGUGCCUGUUGUUCUCCGGUCGUACUGCCUUCGUCAGCAACGUUGUCCCCUAUUUCACUCGUGUCGAAGGAAAGAGUGACUUCGUUGCUUCGAUGAUGUACGUGCAAGUCGCCGCUGGCGUGUCAGUAGGAGGAGUUGUCUCUGGCUAUGUCAUUAAACGGAUGAGACGAUAUAAGACUCUGAGUAUUAUUUCUCUCGGUAUAACAGUCUUGUCUUUUCUUCUCAUUUUCCUCACCUGGCGCGAUGGCUGCAACAUUUGGGAAUCCUUCUUCCUAUUUGUUGUCGGAUUUGCACCUGGCAUUCUCUUCUCAACCCUGUUCAUCGGCAUGAGUUACAGCUCGCCAAAAGAAUGUCUUUCGGUCUGCAUCGGAACAUUUUAUCUCUGUCAGCAGCUGGGAACGAUUAUCGGGCCUGCUUGUGGUGCUGCUCUAGUCCAGAGACUUUUCAAGAACAACCUUGUCCAACAUACUGUGGAUAUCCCGGAUAAGAAGACGAUCAUAAAGGGCAUCCUCAACGAUCUCAGAUUCGCCGAGUCGCUAUCUGAGCCCUUAGAGCAGAUUGUCCGGUCGAGCUACCUGAACGCUUUCCAGUUUUUGCCAGUAUUUGCAUUGGUCUCUUCUGCGGCCGUUUUGCCUUUCUUGGUAUUCCUCAAGGAGGAAAGGGUGGAUUAAUUGUAAGUUUAUGCGAUGGUAAUGUACACUAUGCUUGUUGGAGGAUUAUUGUAAUUUAAUUUGUGACGGCGAACCUCAACGCCAACUGCUAAUACUGGUAUAAUACAUAUGGCACUUCUG